AAUUGACCAUUUUUGAAAUUGGAAACAAGAAAAAUUAAUAAGAAAAGAAAAAUGUUUGGAACAAAUAAAUCUGAUUUGAAUCAGAAAAUCCUACGAAAUCUUAAUAUUGCUAAAUUAUUUUUCCAAAAUAAAGAUUAUCGUUCGGCAUUAAUGUAUAUAAAUGAAUUAUUGGAAUUGAAACCCGAUUCAAGUGAAGCAUAUAAAUUUUUAUCACAAAUCAAUGAAGCAUUAGGUGAAAAUGAAUUGGCUAUAAAAAAUUAUCAAAAAUCAUUGGAGUUAAAAUCAAUCGAAUCGGCUAAUAAUUUUCUAAAUGAUAGUGGUGGUGGUGAUCAAAUCUUUCAAUCACCAUCAAGAUUAAAAACAUUUUCAAAUCGUAUGAAUAUGAGUCCAAGAAAUAAAAAUGGACCAAAUAUUGGACAGAAUUCUCCAACAACAACAACAACAGUCACAUUAGAUUCGGAUAUUUUCAAAGCAAUUGAAAAUUUAAUCGAAACAAAAUUUUCAACCAUAAUCAAUUCAAUUCAAAUGAUAAAAGAUCAGAUGGCUAAUUCUAAUUCAUUGAUAGCUCAAAAUAAUGCUCAAGCUAUUACAAUGUUAAAACAACAAUUUGAUGAAAUGGAUAAAAAAUUAACAACAUUAUUGAAUAAGUUGGAUAAAAUAUCAAAUAUUAUACAUGAAUUUGGUGAUAAAUUUGAAGAAAAAUUUAAUGAAUUAAAUGAAAAAAUUGAAUCUAUUAAUAUUUACCGUGGAAAUCGUGAUGAUGAUGACGAUAAUUAUGAUGAUUAUGAAGAUGAAGAAGAUGAUGAAAAUUAUUAUCAACAAAAUCUACCAUCGUUGAAAACAACAACAAAUGAUCAACGACCAUUGAAUGAAUUGUUUAUGAAAACAAAACAAGGAAAUAUGUGGACAUGUGAAAUAUGUGCUGUUACUAAUGAUGAUAAUGUUUUAAAUUGUGUUUCAUGUGAAUCGCCAAGAAAUCCAGCAGAACAAAAUGUAGUUAAAAAUUUAUUUGCUUCACCUAUAGGCGCACAACAACAACAACAGCAACAAACAUCGUCAUUGUUUGGUCAAACAAAUUCUACAUUUAAAUUCGGUUCAUUUAAUUUUCCUGAAUUUUCGCAGAAUUCAAGCAACAACAAUAACAAUGAUAAUGCGAAUGUAACAAAUCUAAAUACUAAUCAAACUAAUUCCAGUGGCCUUUUUGGAUUUAAAAUACCAACUACUAUAGCAUUAUCAACAAAAACAGAAAUCCUUAAUAAUCCACAAAUUUCUGUAAACACAACUAAAUCAUUGUUUUCAUUUGCUUCCAGUUCUUCAGAUUCGUCAAAGACAUCCAUAACAACAAUAACAACAACAACAGCCACAACAAUUCCAUCGAUUCAAUCAAAUUUUUCAUUCAAUGCAUCAUCAUUAAAUGUACCGAAUCCUAAUGCUAAUGUAGUGUCCAAUUCAUUUUCAUUUCCAAACAUUACAUCAACGAAUGCCAAUACUAUUGCUAAUGUAGAUAUUGAUAAAUCAUCAUUAACAACAACAACAACACCAUUUUCAUCAACAUUUCAAUUUGGUAACAUUUCAACUAAUCAAUUUCCAGCAUUCAAUAAUCUAGGAAAUCAGCUUAUGGUCACUCAAUCAUCGUUGUUGACGUCAACGCCAGAAAAAGCACAAAAUUCUGGAUUAUUUUCAUUUUCAAAUAAUAUGAAUUUAGGUCAGAAUACAAUGUUUUCACCACCUAAAUUAGAUCAAUCAAACAAUAUACAACAACAACAACAACAACAUGAAAGUGAAAAUGAACAUGAACAUGAUCAAAGUGGUUCGGGUGAAGAUUUAAUUCUACCAAAAGUUAAUUUACCUGAGAAUUAUGAACAUAUUACUGGUGAAGAAGAUGAAUUAGAAAUUUAUUGUAUGAAACGUGCAAAACUUUAUGUAUUUGUUGCACCUGAAUAUAAAGAACGUGGAACAGGUGAAUUGAAAAUUUUACGACAUAAAAUAACGAAAAAAUUACGUAUGGUUAUGCGUCGUGAUCAAGUUCAUACUGUUUGUUUGAAUACUUGGCUCAACAAAGAUAUUAAAUUUGAUGAAAAAUCCAAACAUGUUUUAUUUCAAUGUAUUGAUUUUAGUGAUAACAAACCAGAUCCACAGACAUUUGCAUUGAAAUCAAGAGAUUUGAAAGAAUUUUUACAAUUUAUCAAAGAAAAUUUAACUGAUAAAGUUGAUGAUGAAACUGAAAAAUCAAUAUCGUCACAAACUAAUGCUACAGUUAGUGAAGAAAUAUCUACAGAUGUACCGACGACGGUGAUAGAAAAAUCUUCCAAUAAUUCUUUGGAUGAAGAUAUACAGAUUGUUUUUGUCCGUGAACCAAAACCCGAACAUUUACCAUUGAUUGAUUCAUUAAAAUUACCGAAAAAUUUUUUCAGUUAUGAAGAAAAACAACCAUGUAAAGGAUGUAUUGGUUGUCGAGUUGAUGAAUUAUCAUGGAAUGAUCUCACACAUUCAACUUUAUUAGCCGUUAAAGAUGAGGAACAACAACAACAACAAAAUUCUAAUCCAUGGGCAGCAACCAAUGGUUUGGGAUUAUUUUCUGGUCUAACUAGUGAUGUUCAAACAGCUAAAAUCGAUACAAUCAAAUUGAAUAAAGAUGGUGAAGCAGAAUCAGAAGUAGAAACAUUUAGUUAUGUAUCGGAAAAAAGUAAAAUGUUACCGGAAAAUUAUGUCCAUAUAACGGGUGAAGAAAAUGAAGAAGUUAUAUAUAAAGAACGUGCUAAACUAUAUCGUUAUAUUAAAGAAACAAAUGAAUUUAAAGAACGUGGUGUUGGUGAAAUGAAAAUUUUACGAAAACGUGAUACAGAUAAUUAUCGUCUAUUGAUGCGUCGUGAUAAUGUUUUUAAAAUUAUUUGUAAUCAUCAAAUAACUGAACAUUUACGAUUAAAAGAACGAACUAUAAAUAGUUUUAUAUGGGGUUGUAAAGAUUUUUCGGAAAAUCCAAAUGGUGAAGAUCAAAUAUUUGUUAUUAAAUUCAAGGAUGAAACACGACGAAAUGCUUUUCAACAGGCUGUCGAAAAAUGUAUGCCAUCCAAAUAAUAAUAAUAUGGAAAGCAUGAAUAAAAUUGAUAAUCGCUUGAAAAUGUAGCAGUCUUCAAUGAUUGCGUUUGUUUAUGAAUCUCUUUUUUUCUUUCUUUCUUUUUCAUAUAUGGAAAAAAUUCUGAUCUAUUAAAUAAAUUUUAUUAAAAAAUUUUUAUUCAAUUC